AUGAACGUGUCGGAGAUUCCUCAACCGAGGAUGCUCCUUUUGUCGCGUAGGUUCACAAGGAGGAUCCUCAACGAAGACGAAAUGAUCGCCAUGAUUAAAGAUGUAGGGUUUCAAGUGAUUGUGGUUAAAAGAUUUGAUUACCACGAUAUGAAGAAGCUGUCGCACGUGAUAAACACGUGCAACGUGAUCCUAGGCGUCCACGGCGCCGGCCUCACGUACGGCAUGUUUUUACCGGCCGGCGCCGUUGUAGUCCAAAUAGAGCCGCUGGAUUUGGAGCAUUAUGCGAAAGUGAUAUUUGAGGACAAUGCGAGGGCGAUGGGGAUGGAGUAUUUGCGGUACAAGAUUGAAGAGGAGGAGAGCUCAUUAGUCAAAGUGUUUGGUCGGAAUAGUUCGGUUAUAACGGAUACAGGCUCAGUGUAUAGAAAGCAUGGGAUCAUGAAUUCGAGGGAUGUGUUUUAUGAUCAGCAGAAUGUGAGGCUCGAUCUUGUUCGGUUUAGGGAGACGAUAGUCAAAGCGUUUAGUAUUGUUACGGUCCCGCCUUAA